CCUGACUCCGCCAAUCAUACGAUAGGGUAAAGGGCAAUUAGAAUAAAAAUUAUCCAACCAAGUUUAGGCACUGUGACGCCUAAUUAUGACAUUGUUUUUGUUUUGAUGUCAAGAUCAUCUGAUUAUUGCCGAUUUAUCCAAAAUAAAAAGCAAAUAUUUGGAAACAAACGUUUCGCAAUGAUAGUGGUGCAAUAUGAAAUGUUGUCCAAAUAUAUAUGUUCUUUGUUGUGACACGAAUCAGUUGAGUUUCCAUUUUGGCUGUAUGAAAACCUGUGAAAAAUGUUUCUGAAAGUGCAAUAUAUCUCUGUGGCGUGUAUCUUUUUCACGUUAGAAACCCUUUCUUGGGCUUAUCUCAAUCCUGUUAUACUUAUUCCUGGAGAUGGAGGAUGUCAGGUAGAAGCUAAAUUGAACAAAUCGUCUGUAGUUCAUUAUAUCUGUGAGAAAAUUACCAAAGAUUACUUUACAAUAUGGCUUAAUCUGGAACUGUUGGUACCUUUAGUAAUAGAUUGUUGGAUAGAUAAUAUUAAGCUUUAUUAUGAUAACAAUACGAGAACAACCCAUAAUCCGCCAGGAGUCCAAACACAAGUACCAGGAUUUGGUAUUACUGAGACAGUCGAAUGGUUAGAUCCAAGUCAUGCUUCCUCAGGGUCUUACUUUAAUGAUGUGGUAGCUACAUUAGUGAGCUUAGGACAUGUAAGGAACAAGACUAUUAAAGGAGCACCAUAUGACUUCAGGAAAGCACCAAAUGAAAAUGUUGAAUACUUUGUGUAUCUGAAAAAGCUAAUAGAAGAUACAUAUGAUGAAAAUGACAAGACCCCUGUGAUAAUCAUAGCUCACUCAAUGGGUGGUCCCAUGGCUCUCUAUUUUCUGAACUUACAAACUCAGUCUUGGAAAGACAAGUAUAUAAGAAGUAUUGUUACACUCAGUGGAGUUUGGGGUGGAUCAAUGAAAGCUGUGAAAGUCUAUGCUAUUGGUAAUUUUUUUUAG